UAAUCUAAGGCUUGAAACAACAAACGAUGGAGGCGUCGACAGGAGAGGCGAAACCGGGCUGACUGACAGUAAGCGCUUUGAAUCAGAAGCAUUAAUAAUAACCACGAAAAAAAAUCUAUUUCGGUUAUUAUAUAUGGGUUAGCAGAAGAAGAAGGGCUUUGUAGAUCUUAUCCGGCUGCUCUCGGACACAAAGCUUGAGACCGCGCCGCAUCCUCCCUGUUGAUCCAGGCCCGCCCAUACUCCAGCCAGCCCGGGCAUCUGUGGGAGACCAACAGACAACACGCUACAGAUCACACCGGAGGACGGCUUCUGUGUCAGAGUCCAGUCAGCCUGAUGCGGAUUCAAGCAGAUUUGAUUUGAUAACAAGACGCGUUUAACAGCGCUGUUCCUCACAAUGACCUUCGUUGUGUUAUUGUGUAGCCAGAAGCGCCACGGGUGCUGAAAAAAAAUCCCUGUCAUAAGAAAAUCCUACUGCCUAUUAUGGAUUUUCCAGGUCAUUUCCAGCAUAUUUUCAAGCAGCUCAACCACCAGCGGCUCCAUGCUCAGCUGUGUGACUGUGUGGUGGUGGUUGGAGGCCAGAGCUUCCAGGCUCACCGCUCCAUCCUGGCAGCAUGCAGCUCCCACUUCAGGGCUCUCCUGAGCUCCAGCGAUGAGGUAGGGGGACCAGGAGCUGACACAGGUGGAGGUGUUGGUCCCAGUGUGAUGGAGCUAGAUCCAGAGGUGGUGACCCCAGAGGCUUUCUCCACCUUGCUAGACAUGAUUUACACCUCCACCCUCUCUCUAGGGGCCUCCAAUGUCAUGGAUGUGCUGCUGGCGGCGUCGCACUUGCACCUCAACACUGUGGUCAAGGCCUGCAAGCUCCACCUGUCCAGGAAGAACUUUCCUGCAUCUCCUCCGAAAGGUUGGAGGUCAGUGCAGCAGCAGCAGUGUGCAUCAUCUCAGGCGGAGAGGUCGGCCUUGCUUCCACAGGUCACGUCUGUCCUGGAGGAUGAGGAGGAAGUGGGAGAGGAGGUGAGUCAGUCUGGUGGUGCUGAAGACCAGGGCGUGAGGAGGAGGGAAGUCAGUGGCGAGCAGAGUGCUCUACCCUUCUUGAGGCACAAGAGAAAGUCACAAGACGAUGGCCUCGGUGGCAGAAAGAGGUCCUGCAGGCUGCCUGAGGGAAACUACAAGGAGUGUUCACCUACUGUAACCAGAAGCACCGUCAGUGCAGAGGAAGGUGGAGACGUGCUGCUGUCCCCGGACUGCCUGAAGACUGCAGACGGACUUUGGGAAAGCCGAGGCGAAGAGGAGGAGGAGGAGAAAUAUGAAGCAACCAAGGGAGAGUCAGAGGAGAUCCAGCUGCCGAGCCAAUCCGACAGCAGCACAGGAGGUGUAGGAUCGUGGGAGAUGGGCGGAGAUACAGAUGGAGACACUGUGGUCAAGGUAAAGGUGGGAGAAGAAGGAGAAGAUGAGGGGGAGGUGCCAAAGAUGGCUGUGGAGAUGAUUGAGGUGAAAAAGGAAAAUCUGAGCUCAUACUCCCCAGAUUUGCCAAACGAUUGCCUUUUAUCUCCACCAGGAGACUGCACGGACACUUUUGAUGCACAACUGAACGAGGAGAAAAUGGCCACAGCCUGCACAACAGAGGCUGAUGUUAGCUCUUUGCAAUCGACGCUGUGCUCAGAUCUUCAUACUGAUGUACAGAGAGAGGCUGAAGAUUUGGGCGAGGAGUCAGUAGACGGUGAAGGCCUCGAAAGCUUCUCAGAACUCGCCUUUUCCUGCUUCCUCAAUCCCAGUAGUGAAAGCGUGAUGGGAGCUUUGGAAGAAGAAGACAACCUAGCCAGCCUCACUGCUGCUGCGACUGCUGCAGCCGCCGCCAGCGAUGCUCCUGCAGCUGCUGGUGAACUGUGCCAAAACAAUGAAGAAGCCUCUUCUGCUCAGUCCUCUGAUUCCUCACUAAUAUUUCCAGUAACGUCUGUCCCCUUGCAGCAGCUUCUCCCGACUCAAGGCCCUGGUUUCAGCGACACACUCAUCCUCCAACCCAGCCAGAACUCUUUAACAGGGUUCCUGAGUGGCAUCAGACCAGGCCUCAGUCUGGAAACCUCCCUGCUCCAGCCCUCCAGGGCCGGGAAAAGCUCAGGUGCAACUACCUUUCGCCGCAUCGCCCCCAAAGCGCCGCCUGGAUCUGAAGCCGGCACAGAUCACUCUUCCGCAGGGGAUGCUGCUGAGCGGCCGUCUCUGACCAGAGCUUCAGAGGAUGUUCUGUCCAAGUGCAAGAAAGCAGCUGCUGAAGACCAUGUGCUGCUCGUGGAAGGGGAGAAGAAAUACGCCUGCAAAAUCUGCUGUAAGACCUUUAUGAACCUGACUGACUGUAAGAAACAUAUUCGUGUGCACACGGGAGAGAAGCCCUAUCCAUGUCCAAAGUGUGGCAAACGCUUCAGUCAGUCCUCCCAUCUGUAUAAGCACUCGAAAAAUACCUGCCUGAACUGGAAAGAUGAUCAAUCAUUCCCAGAUACCCUGCUGGGACCUGCACUUACCUGAUAAACAUUUGUUGAUUACCACAACUCAACACAAUUCUUUGGAAAAAAAAACCCCAUCUGUAAACUCAAUUAUUUAUUACCCCACUCUCAUCUAUUUUUGUGAAUCAAAUCAUGAAUCAAAGCCAG